UUUUGGUGGUUGGUCUCCUGAAGUGUACGUAAAUUAUUUACAAUUUCCUCAUUUUUGUAUGUAGUAAAUACUUACUGAGUUUAGUAAUUCAGUAUCAGUUACAAUAUAUCUUUUGGAUAUAUGAAUUAAUACAUGUGGAAUAUAACUCAAGUGUGAAAAAAACGGAUGAAAAGUCGUUAUCUGGAGUCUGUGGCAGACAGGUGAAGUAGUCUGACCUGAUGAAUAUUUCGUAAGAUAAGAGAAAAUAAGGAUGCUACAUCAUCACUGUCGGAGGAAUCCUGAUCAACAAGAUGAACCUCAGAUUCAUACUGCACUUGCAGCUGGAGAUGUUCAUACUGUACGCAAGAUGCUGGAGCAGGGUUACUCUCCCAAUGAGCGUGAUGUAAAUGGAUGGACUGUGCUGCAUUUCUCUGCAGCAAGAGGAAAAGAAAGGUGUAUCCGUGUCUUCCUGGAACACAAAGCUGAUCCUACAGUUAAAGACUUUAUUGGUGGUUUCACAGCCCUGCAUUAUGCAGCCAUGCAUGGUCGGACAAGAAUUGCACGCUUGAUGUUGGAAUCUGAAUACAGAAGUGACAUUAUCAAUGCCAAAAGCAAUGAUGGCUGGACUCCCCUCCAUGUAGCUGCUCACUAUGGAAGAGACUCAUUUGUUCGACUCCUGUUGGAGUUCAAGGCUGAGGUUGAUCCACUUAGUGAUAAAGGCACUACACCGCUUCAGUUGGCCAUUAUUCGAGAGAGGUCAAGCUGUGUGAAAAUCCUCUUGGAUCACAAUGCCAACAUUGAUAUUCAAAAUGGUUUCUUGUUGCGUUAUGCUGUAAUCAAAAGCAACCAUGCGUACUGUCUGAUGUUCCUUCAAAGAGGAGCAGACACAAACCUUGGCCGUUUGGAGGAUGGCCAAACACCCUUGCACCUUUCAGCUCUCAGGGAUGAUGUACAGUGUGCUCAGAUGUUGUACUACUAUGGAGCAGACACAAACACAAGGAACUAUGAAGGCCAGACUCCCUUGGCAGUUUCAGUAAGCAUUUCUGGUGCUAGCCGACCGUGUUUGGAUUUUCUGCAAGAAGUUACAAAGCAGCCCAGAAAUUUACAAGACCUGUGCAGGAUCAAAAUUCGACAAUGUAUAGGCCUUCAAAAUCUGAAGCUACUUGAAGAACUGCCUAUUGCUGAGGUCAUAAAAGACUAUUUAAAACACAAAUACGAUGACAUCUGAUAUGCACUAAACAGAAUUUCAGAGGACCUAAUAAUUGCUUAAAUAAAUUCCUUAAAGGCUGUUGCCUUGCACAAUGUAUAUCUUAUGCAAUUUCUGAUUUGCUAGACAGGAAGUCAGAAGCCGGGUAUACGUUCCUGUGUUUUUCCCCCUACAUUCAGUGACGUCUUAAUUUCCUUCUCAGCUAAAGGGUAUAUGUUUCUACUUUGCAGGAAUAAGAACCUAAGCUCAGAUGUUACAGAAACUUGAAGGAUUGCUUUUUUGAGAGAAUGAAGGUUUUAUUUCAGAUGGCUUAAAGUGAACAGUUUAUAGAUGGUCUGCCACACAGUCAGUUUCCAGAAUAUUAACGAAGAUGUAAUAGUUGUAUGUAUUAUUUAAUAUAUAUGUGUAUGUAUAUAUAAGUGGUUGUUUUUAAAAUGCAUUGAAUCAUAUGUCCUGGAGUCAGCAGGUAUCAUUUUCCUGUUGAUGUUGGAAUUGUAAUUUGGGGGUUUGCUAUAUAAAAUAACUACCAAGGUGUUUUUCUAAAGAAACUUGAGGGAUCAUCAUAUUCUGUAUUGUUUUGGUUCUACUCCCCCUUCCCCCACAACUGUGAACGAAGUAGUAGAGGUGUUAUGUCAUUUAAGCUGCUUAAAGGUACUGUUUAUGCCCCAGCCACUAAACAAAGCAGCACUGCUCCAUUAGCAAAUGCUUUUUGUUACAUAUAACUUCUACUGAAUACCUUUUAUGUUUGACAUUGUCCAGCAUUAUGAUAAGAUUUGCAUCUUGCUCCUAGACCUGUUAGGCGUUUUGUAUUCAUUACACUGCUCUCUCUUGAGCAGAAUUUCCUUUUAUUAAUACUUGGUGUGGGCAUGCCCUGUAUUAUGAGUUUGUAAACCACCCCUCCCCAGCCAUUCCUAUGCAUACUUCAAGUGAAAUGAUUUGAACCUCCAGUCUGAUUUAUCUUUUACUAUUUGUCCUAUUAUACAGGUCUCAGGUACUUUCUGCUUUAUAGCAGAUCCAUUGUAUACAUGUAAAAGAACAGAUCCUUUUACUCACCCUGGGAAUUAUCACUGAACAACCAGCAAGAGCCUGGUGGUGUAGAGAAUGUAGUUCUUAGUGUUAAAAUAUAAAUAGACGGCACAAUCGCCAUAGUGUCGUUCAGGUGGACACUCUUUAGUCAGCUUCUGCUUCUGACCUGUGUCUGGUUUCAAGUUGCCAUUGUCAGCCAACCUUAUUAUUCAGUACUGUUGAGCUGGUUGUGACUGACAUAUUUAAUAUAGUGUAGGCAUUCCUUACCAACAUUAAAGAUUAUUUGGACUGGAGAACAUAUUUUAAGGUUGUUUAUAUAUUUAAAUAUAUUUUGUCACUUAUUUAAUAUUGUUGAAAAGAGGCAAGUUCGCAUUUCAUAUUAAUGAAAGCUCAAAUAAAGUGAUCAGCAGUAAA